UUAGCACGCAGGGUUUCCUCCAGAAAAGGUCUAGAGUAGUAGAAGAGCAGUGUGAUGAUACAAGGAAACAUCAAGUAAAGCACACGUUUUACUGUGAUGCCUUCUUGGUGAUACUGUAUAUUUUAUUAUCACCAUUUGCCUUUUUCACAGAAGACAUUUUGGCAUGUCACAGUAUGAAAAGCACAGGUGUGAAUAAUAAAAGUAAAGAUGGCUGAAUUCCAUUUAGCUGCUUCAGUUUCAGGGUCCUGCUAUUGCGCAUGCUGACUCACUGUCGCGGCUCACUGAAUGGAUCGGAGCCAUCGUUGAUGUUAUUAGCAACAACUGUGCUUUUCAAGUCAAGAUGUCUUGAGAUGGGUUGAUUGGAUAUUUUAAGAGCUGAUGCAUUUAGUUGAUUAAUUGAUUAGUUGAUUAGCCAAUCUGUAAAAAAAACAUAUUUGACAACUAUUUUGAUAAUUGAUUAAUAAUUUCAGUCAAUUUUCAAGCAAAAAUGCAGAAUGUGAGGAUUUGCUGCUUUUCUUUGUCAUAUAUGAUAGUAAGCUGAAUAUCUUUAGGUGUUGGACGUCACCUUGGGCUCUGGGAAAUUAUUCUGAGCUUUCUUCACUAUUUUCAUACAUUUUACAGACAAAACGCUUAUUUGAGUAAUUGUGAAAAUAGUUGGCAGAGUAAUUAAUUCAUGAAAAUAAUCGUUAGUUGCAUCCCUAGAUGUUUUCACAUUAAUCAAUAUUGUUAAUUUUAUCAUGUGGUGAAAGCUAUUUCACCAAUGGUGAAGCUCGUUAGCGCCCAGGUGGAGGAGUGAAGUGUCUGGCGCUUGACUGACUCUUGAAUUUGCAUCUUGAUCAUCAAGAGACGACGGAAAAGAGCACACAAGGGCUCCGAGAAUGUCAAGUGCAAAAGUGCCAAAGCCAGCCGCAGCAGUGUUAGCAGAGCAGGAGGCAGCCACGGUAAACGGAGGCAUGUGGAGGCCGUCACCCUGUUCGAGGUGGUCACCAUGGGCAGGAGUGCCAUGCAGGCGGUGAUUGAUGACUGGAUUGAGGCUUAUGUGACGGACAGAGACUCUUCUCUCCUCGAUCUCAUCAGCUUCUUCAUCCAAUGCUCUGGGUGCAAAGGUGUGGUCACAGCGGAGAUGUGUCAGAGCAAAGAGGACAGUGAGGUCAUGAGUAAGAUGGUCGAGGAGCUGGAUGAGGUUGCUGGUCUGCAGUAUAAGAAGUUUCUGGCCUUUCCAUGGAUCCUCACAGUCACAUGGCCCAUGGAUACAGAUAGUGUGGAAUAUCCUCUGAUACAAUCUGGACCGUACGGCCGCUGGUUCCACUCUGAGUUCUGUGACUUUGUGUCGGUGCUGGUGGCUCAGUGUCAGCACAGUGUCAUAUUUGACAGUUACCUGAUGAACACCCUCAUCUCCCUGCUCACCGAGCUGUCAAACUCAUAUGUACGGGCUUUCAGACACACCUGCACGCUAGCAGCGGUGAAGCUGCUGAGCUCUCUGGUGGCCGUGGCUCUGAGCCUGAGCGUCGGCAUUGAAAACAGUCAGAAACUGUUUGAGGUGCAGAAGACAAAGACGAUGAGACAGAAAAGCACACUGCAACUGGAGAGAAUACAGAAGAAGAUCACAGAGCUGCAGGAGAAGAGGGCGGAGAUAGAGAGCAUGAUGGACAUCAUCUUCAAAGGAGUUUUUCUAAAAAGAUAUCGCGACGUGCUUCCAGAAAUCCGCUCUAUCUGUAUGGAGGAGUUGGGUUUGUGGAUGAAGCUCUACAGUUCUGCAUUUCUCACCGAUAGCUACCUCAAAUACAUGGGCUGGAUGAUGCACGACAAGAUACCAGAUGUGCGUCUCAAGUGUGUGUUAGGUCUACAGGAUUUGUAUGGAGAUCCUCUGCUCCUCCCUAAACUGGACCUGUUCACCAGCCGCUUCAAGGACCGGAUGAUCUCCAUGACCCUGGAUAAGGACAAUGAAGUGGCAGUGCAGACCAUGAAACUACUGCUUCUUAUCUCCAAAACAUCUGAUGAUGUGCUCAGUCCAGAGGACUACAAGCAGCUCCUCCAGUUUGUUUUCUCAUCACAGCGCCCGCUUGCGGCCACUGCAGGGGAGCUGCUCUUCUCAAGGCUUCUCAACACUGUAGCCCCUGCAUCUGAUACUCAGGAUGAAAUAAAUGAGGAUGAGGCUCAUAAACAACAAACAUUUGCCAGACUGAAGGCUCUGCUGCAGUUCUACCAGGAGUCUGAGCUGCACAAGCAUGUGGUGUACCUAGUGGACAGUCUGUGGGACUGUGGUGGAGCCCUGCUGAAGGACUGGCCCACACUCACAUCUAUACUGCUGCAGGACCCUUCCUCACACAGUCCAGGUCUCACUCAGGCAGAACAAGCUGUGCUUGUGGAGAUCCUGGUAGCGUCGGUGCGUCAGGCCUCAGAGGGACCAGCGCUGGCAGGAAGAAGUGGAGCAAAGAAGGUGAUGAGUGCCAGGGAAAAGAAGAUUCAGACUGAUGACUGUACUAAGCUCACUGAACAUCUCCUUGUGGUGCUUCCUAAGUUACUGUCCAAGUUUUCAAGUAGUUGUGACGUUGUUGCCUCCCUGAUGAAGAUUCCUCAGUAUUUCCUCCCUGAGUGUCCUGAGGCUGAAAACACACAGUCAAUAUCCGGCCUGAUGGCAGUGGUGGGAGCUGUUCUGGACCGCCACUCGGGCCCUGCUGUUCUGGAGGCUGCAGCCUGCACCUACCUCAGUCUGUGUGGGGAGGAGACGGCCUGGUGCUCCAUGGUCCUAGCUGCCAGAGACUCUCUGGUCCAGCGUUGGGUGGACCGACUGACAGCACUGCUGGGGGACUCACUCACGGGGGACAGUUUCUCUGCUGACGAGGAGAAAACUGGAGACAUUUUAGCCACACUGAAGAAACUCAGAGCUUUCCACAACUGUCAUGACCUCCUACGGUGGAACCUAUUUGAGCUGUUGUCUCCUAUCCUGUCAGUAGAGAGCAGCCAGGGAGGAGCACCGCCUGAGGUGCUGCUGGAAGUGCUGCAGUGCCUGUGUUACUCCAUGCUCUGGUCUCUCAACACAAGUAGUGAAACUCUAACCUCCAGAGAUAAAGCUGUGGCCCAGAGACUCCAGCUGCGUCUCUUCUGUGAGAGGGGUCAUCACUGUCUCUCCCACUCUGACCACAGUGUGCGGCAGCAGGCUUUUCUGGGUGUCUGUGACGUUCUCACUGCUCACUCCUACCAGCUACAAGUGUGGGAUCCCACCUCCUUUGGUCCGCUGCUUUACACACCCACUCCCAAACUGCAGAGGGCGCUGUUGACCUUUGUAUGUGUGAACAUCUUUGUUGGAGCAGACUGUGACAGUCAGAGCAGUGUCUCUGAAAACUCUGAAGUGGAGAGGCUGGAGGACCUGCACAAACGAAGAAAUCUGCUCGCGGCCUACUGCAAACUGAUAGUACAUGGAGUGCUGGAGAUGAGCAUGGCAGCUGAGGUCUUCAUGCACUACAUGAAGUACUAUAACGACUUUGGAGAUAUCAUCAAGGAGACGAUGUACAGGACCAGACAGAUAGAUAAGAUAGAGAGUGCUCGUACACUGGUGCUCUGUUUGCAGCAGCUGUUUGUUCGUCUUAAGCGAGAGCAGGAGAGCGGCGGUAGGGCUCAGUCAAGAGUCCAGACCUUCACCAGCAUCAAAGAGCUCGCCAGGCGGUUCGCCCUCACCUUCGGGGACCUUGUCAAGUUUCGUGAGUGUGUCGUCAUGAUCCACAGGAACGGCAUAGAAUUUGUGUUCCAAGAGUUUAGUCAGACCCCAGAAACACCUACGCCAUCGUACCUCUCCUACCUGACCAUCCUCAGUGAGUUCUCCAGCAAACUGCUCAAACCAGACAAGAAAACAGUGUUCUCCUACCUGCAGAAGCACACUGCAGAGCACAUUAUUGACCUCAGGGAGGAGUGCUGGCAGCCGCUUAUCUACUAUCGUGCUUCCCUAUUGGCUGUAGCUGAAGGGGAGGACGCUGUGUCCUACGUUAGCUCUGACAGGAAGCCGUACCUGCCCAAUCGCUCUCCCUUCUCCAAACAAAAACUGGAAGGAAGCAAGUCCCCUGGCCCGUUCAGCCCUGUUGACUCCAGAGUUAGUAAAGUUCACAGGUCCAGCUUCAGUCCAAGCCAUCAAGAAAAAACAGCUGAUAUGGAUCCUUUUGCUGUCCCCGUGGAACCUCCUGCAAAAAGACUGAACAUCGAGGGAUCUGUCCCCAGCACAGGCAACGAGGCGGAUGAUGACACUGUGGAAGUUGAACUGUAAACAAUGGCGAGGUUGGGGAGACUCGGUGUUUCUGUCUGGACGUCAAGACCUCACUGGACAUCACAAACUUUGAGACGUUUUCCUUUUUUUUCUGUCUUUCUCUGUUCUGAUGCGCAGACAUCCCAGCGUCCAGGUGUGCUGAAAAUGCAUUACAUUAUGUUUUGUAUGAGGACAUAGUUUUUUUUAAAGGAUAAGUGCGAUGUUCUAUAUUUUUCUUAUUGUGAACAAAUCCCAUGAAAAGACCAAAACCAACAAGAAUUUGUCCUACUAAUUCACUUGUGUAUCCAAGGCCUGAUAGAUCUUAUUCCUCUGUGCCACAAACCUCAAUUGUUUCCCAGAAAGUAUUAACACAUCAUCAAUGAGCCACACUGUUACGCUAGGUGACAUUUUACUACAUUACAAAGAACAUGGGCACUGUAGUUUAGUUUGAUUCAGUGCUAUAUUCACUGUCCUGCAGCUGUAAAUACUGACACGCUCGCCAAAUGUGUAUUAAUUUGCAGCUGAAAAUAGUCCCCAACAAAUACACUGUUAAUGCUUGUAAUUUUUAGCAAAUGUUACUCAAUGACCAGUUUUAUCAAAUUACUGAACCUAUUUCUAAAAAAGUAAACUAAAUAUCUGUGAUCAGUUUUUUUUUAUUUAUUUUUUUUAAAGAAACAUUUUCAGUAGAAACCAAUGGGCUUGGGGCCACAUACAGGGCAGGGAGGUUGGAAAGAAUUGAGUCUUUUCAUGGGAUUUGUUAACAUUGAGAAAGAUAUAGAAUAACAUUUGCCUUAUUCUUCAAAUAAUGUCAGACUAAGCUCAAGUGUAUUUUAUUCACAGACCAGUUUCAUUUGAAGACCAAGUGUAUCAGUAUGUGCAAAGGUUUUUUUCCCCAUAUACACCUCUAUACUGUACUUGAAUGUUACAAGUGACACUAAAUGAUCCAUCUUUUAAUUUUACUUUUGGAUCACACUCAGGUCCAAGAUUUGUUUAAUUAUCUCAAACUACAUUAACAAUUUUGCUUUACUGUCCUGCCUGCCACUUUAUUAUUGCUCCUUAUAGGAAAUGGUUGGGUUAGUGUUUGCCAAAAACAACUUAUGUAUUACUGUAAAUUAAUCUAAAUAAAAAAGUCCAAAAGCUGUAA